AUGCUGUACCUCAGGAUUGCAACAAGAUUCUACUUGCUGGUUAUAUUGGCUGCGCUGGCUCAUUCCGUGGCCAAGACAACCGAUGUGCAAGCAAGAAGUAAUCAAAACACCGAAAAGCCAGCCGAUAAUAAUGGCGGAGCUGCUCUAGAGCUGCGUUCCGGCAACAAUACUAACGAAAACAUCAGCAAAGUAGAAGAAAAGUCUGACGACGAAACUCAAAACAAACCUAUCACUAGCGUGAAGGAGAACGCUGACAAGAAUGAAAUGAACAUAAUUCGAAGAGAGGCGCCGCUGAUCAAGGACGUCGAGGCAAAGAUCGACGAAGGCAAAGAGACAGAGCGCAACCUGACGGCAAUGCGCGAGGCCUUGCUCCGGGAGAUAUCUGGAGUCGACGGAACAGGAGGAGCGUCGCCCCUGAGGCGCAUACAAAUGAAGAAGCGCCUCCGAGAGCUGGAGAAACGUAUUGCCGACUUGCACUCAAAGAAUCAAGAAGCUCAGCAGAGGUUUCGCGGCUUCGUCAGCGCGGUCGACUCCGGCGCAAUACGAGACCAAGAGGAGGCGCACUCCGCGCUCCGCAGGGUCUACAACUUCUGCAACACUGCGGUCUCGGGUGCCGUGAGAGCCUGCAGGGGGGUCUUCGCGCGCGUCAGGGGCUUCUUCUACGACAAGGUUGUGGGAGGCAUCGCCAACGUGUUCCACAACCUCAUCGGCUCUAAGUGGCAGUCGCUAAAGGCGGGCGUCAACCUGGUGGCCGGUAUCUAG